ACCGGCGUGAAAUACCGACGCUGGAAAUACUCAAAGUCUGGCCCGGCAACUAGGCCCCGGCGUGGCAUGGCUCUUGCUCUAUUGGCCGCCAGCUCCUUUAAGUUUCUUCCUGCCUCCUAAGCAGGAGCUCAUUACUACAUCUUUCCUCAUCCCGGAGCUAAGGCGAGAGCGUUUAUCCGCUGACAUGGAAACCAUUGUCCUUUUUCAGCCACCUUCUACAGAGAUCAAACGCUGGGGGCCGAAGAGCGGCGUGGGCUCAUGGGAAACGUAGUCUGAUUCCCUCUUUCAAGUAAUUGAGUUACGCCCUCAGGAGUUACGGAGUGAAAGCGAACACACUUAAUUCACAGUGGCCUGGGCUACAGGAAAUAUUUAGGGCAGGCUUUCUGGCGAGGCAGAAAAACAAGGGGAGUUGUGCGAUUAUUAAAAAGUAUAUUCUUGCUAAAUUCCAGGAUUCUUAAAGAAUAUGUAAAAAUUAAGUAAAAUUUCUCGCGAUAUCUUAAUACAUCCGGCAUAAUAGAACUCAGCCACAGCGCUGGAAAGUGGAAGCUCGCGAGAUCUCUGCAGUUGCCGAGGAGACUAGGAGAAGGAGAGGUGAUCUCGCGAAAGAAAAGCUGCCGGAAGAGCUCGCGAGAUCUCAGACCACCGGACCCGAAAGGUUCUUAGGGAGUUGAAGGGCCUGGAGGAGGCCCCGGAACAAAUGGCUGGAGCUGGACCGACCAUGCUGCUACGAGAGGAGAAUGGCUGUUGCAGCCGGCGUCAAAGCAGCUCCAGCGCUGGGGACUCAGACGGGGAGCGCGAGGACUCUCCGGCUGCGCGCGCCCGGCAGCAGCUGGAGGCGCUACUCAACAAGACUAUGCGCAUUCGCAUGACAGAUGGACGGACACUGGUUGGCUGCUUCCUCUGCACCGACCGCGACUGCAAUGUUAUCCUAGGGUCCGCGCAGGAGUUCCUCAAGCCUUCGGAUUCCUUCUCUGCUGGGGAACCCCGUGUGCUGGGCCUGGCCAUGGUACCCGGACACCACAUCGUUUCUAUUGAGGAACCAGGAAGUACGUUCAGUUAAUUCUUUAUUAACGUGUGUGAUCACUCCUUCCCCUCCAACCUCACCCGCCAGCCCCUAAAUACU